AUGGCGGCUCUUGGCCCGGCGGUCUCUUCCCUGCGCUCGUCUCUCUCCCUCCUCGAAUCCAGUAUUUCCGUCCUCGACGAAGGUGUUUCCGACUUUCCUAGGCUGUGCAAGGUCCUACAAACACAACAGCACUUUGAACUUCUUCCCGAGCCCACACUUCAUGAGGCACAGCAAGCGCUGGUUGACGAAAUUGUCCCAGCUAUUAACCAACUCCUCUCGACCGCAGAGAACUACAUCAAUCAGCUUGGCCGGAAAGAAGAGAAUUUGAAGGCCCGGUCUGAAUUGCUUGAGGGCAGGCUGAACAACAACAGGCGGAGGACGUCGAGUUUCGGAGGUAGCACGGAAUUCCCACGACCUGGCAAAUCAGCACAAUCCGCAGCACCUUUGAGCGAUGCAAGAAUGCUAGAGAUGAAACGCCUACAGCAGAAGAAAGAGAGGUUGCAAUAUGCCAUUGAAAGACUAGAAUUGCAAAGCAAGCAAAGAGAACGAGAACUGAGGAAGAGCAUGGGCUGUCGUCAGAGAGUGACCGACAGCAAGCCACACUGA